AUGCAAUAACUAUUUUUUACCCAGCCAUUGAAUGUUGCUUCAAAAAAAACAAUAUUCAAUGAAGAAAGAUAGAUAAUAGAGAUUGAAGCUAAAGAAGAACAAGAUGAUAAAAAUGAUGAACAAACUUUGCUCUUAAGCUAAAAAAAAUAUCAAGUCAAAAAGCAAUUAAGACAACUACUUAAUAAUAAAUAAAACAUGUAUCAGAUUUCUCUUACCCAUUAGUUACUUGAAAGAAAACCUAGCCAGUCUUAAAAAGCGUAAAAUAUUAGAAGGUUUCUCAGGAGAAACUCCAGCUCCAGUUUAAUAAUGCUUUUCCUUUUUCAGCUAAGCUUUGUAAAAUGCUCGGAGUCUUAGGUAUUAUUAACUACUAUUGACAUAGAUCCUUAGAUAUCUCCGGAAUGGACAUUCACCCUCUAUUAGCAAUUGAAAUCGGGUAGGGUUUAUAACAUAAUGCCUCAUUAAGGGAGAUCAAUAUUUCAGGAUGCAAAAUGAAUAGUUUUUGCUUGCAAUACAUAUUUUCUUCCAUAACUAAUCAUAAAACACUUUAAUCCAUAAAUUUAUAUAACAAUCAAGGGUUUACUAUAGAUCUAAUGAAUGACAUUAGCUAGUUUGUUUUUAAAGGGAAAAAUCAUCUUAAAAAACUCAAACUAACUCAUUGCAACAUAUCAAAUACAGCCAUGAGUUAUUUGUUAAGAAAUUUAAAGUAACUAUUCAUAUUUUUCAUAGAUAUUCUGAAACUAUUAAUGCUUUAGAUAUCUCAAUGAUGUAGUUUAAUACAGAAGUUUUAACGAGUUUAGGGAUUGCAUUAUAACAUUAUAAGGGCGAUAAAGUUCUAGAAUAUUUAAAUGUCUCCGAUACUAAUAUAAAAAAUGAGGGAUUAGACACUUUGGCAUAGAGAGUAAGCUGGAAUAUGAGGAAAAUAAAUUUAAAAGAACUGGUUUUAAGAAGAAAUUUUAUCAAUUAAGUAGGUAUUGCAUCCUUAGAGGCUUUUUUAAGAAAGAUAUCACAGCUAUAGAAGUUAGAUCUCUCAAAUAAUAAAAUAGAAGAAUUUACUUGCUAAGACUUACUUCAAAGAAAAAUGUAUGAAAUUAAUCUAAGUAAUAAUGUCAUAAUGUGCUUUCCACCUUAGUUUUUUAUGAAUACUCUUGUAGUAAAUCUAUCUAAUAAUAAUAUAUCCAGCUAAGGAGCCUUUCAAUUGUCAAGCAUUCUUAGGUAGAAUCCGUUAUGGGUUGAACUGAAUUUAUCAAACAACUAAUUGAAAAGUGAAGGAUUUAAUUCAUUAAUCUUUGGUUUGAGGGAUAAUAGAAUGCUUAAAAAACUAAUAGUUGCCAAAAAUUAACUGGAUGGGGAAGCCAUCAUUUGCUACAUGAUAAAUCAUGAAUAAGUAUAUUUUGAACAUUUGGACAUUUCAUUUAAUUAAAUAAGACAUGCCAUUAUAUUUGUGCUCCUGAAAUUUAUAAAGAGUGGAUGUUUGAGAUGUUUACGAUGUUCCUAUUUAGAAAAAGAGGAGGAGAUUCGCAAGGUAGAUUAAAAUGUAGAUUAAAAUGCAAAAUUUAUUAAAUAAGAUGAGCAUUAAUAAAAAUCGAACAAUGCAGCAUUUUAAUUGACUUCAUUUAAUUUAAGGGAAUUAGAUUUCCAUGGAAAUAAGGAGAUUUUUACUCCUGUGGUUGCUUCUCUAUCAACUUAUUAUAAUAAAAUAGAGAAACUGGAUUUAUCUUCUUGUGCCCCUAUCACAGACUAAGACAUAGAAUUGCUGUGCUUGUUCUUAAGAAAGUCAACUAUAAUUCAUGAUCUUAAUUUGAGAGACCUAAAUUUAGGAACCAUGAAAAAGGAUUGUAUCAAAAAAUUAAGCGAGGCCUUAUUUAAUAGUAGUAUCAAAUACUUGAAUUUAAGUAAAAAUAGAAUGUAUAAAUAAAUUAAAAGACUCUUUAACUCAAACAAUUUAGGAUCAAAUUACAAAUUGGAAGUUCUAGAUUUAAGUUAUAAUUAUUUGGAAGCUAAACAUGCUCCUAAUAUAGAAAAAAUGUUAAUGUCUCUUAAAAAUUUAUAGGAGGUGAAUUUCUCUAGAAAUUGCAUAAAUUUCGAAGGGUUGGCUGCUAUAAAUAGAUCUUUAUUUGCCAAUCGAACUCUAAAGAGAUUGAAGUAUUUUUAUACAUUUAUUUAGUUUGUCUUAUCAGAAAUUGAGUGCAGAUGAUUUAUUAAUUCUAAGUUAAACACUAGGAAAUGAAAGCCUUUAGGAAUUAAACUUAGCCAAUAACCCAUACACGACAAAAUUAAAAACUUUCUUUUAUUAAUGUUCAACUCAGAAACAAGAAUUUUUACAUUUAUCAUAAGUUUAUUUUGAUAAUGCAAAUUAUCAUAGUCUAAUGACAAUAAUUGAAAAUCAAAAGAGGAAUCUGUUCGGUGUUAAUUUGGAUUCUUGUAUAUUUUAAAAUAAAGACUAUUGUAAAUUUUUUGAACAUCUUUCAAAAAGCAGAAAGCUUACUUACUUUGCAAUUAAUUACAAUCCCACAAUAUAUAAGGAUUUAGAGGGUACUGUGGGUUUAAUAUCGAAAUUGAAAAAUUUAAGGAUUUUAAAAUUAAAUUAGGUUUCUUUAGCUGACGGCUUUGUAAAUGCUCUUCAAGAUUGGUUUUCCAAAAUUGGAUGCUGCAAUGUAAAUUAUAUAGUCAUAAUUUAAGUUAAGCACUUUAGAUUUGAGUUAAAAUAAAUUAUAAUAAUAAUGGCUGAAUAGUUUAUGUUUAGGUAUAAGUACUAAUUCUUCGUUGAGAAAUUUUAUGCUAAAUGAUUGUAAUUUAGGAUUCUUGAAUCUUACACCUUUAGGUAUAGCAGUUUCAUAAAAUAAAACUUUGGAAGUUUUGGAAAUCGCAAAGAAUUAGAUUAAGAAUAAUCUGGAUAAUUUCUUAACAUCGGCUUUGGAGAACGCUUAAACUUGUAGAUUAGAGGAAUUAAAUUUAGCAGAAAACCCGUUAGAUAAGCAAUCAAUUUUAGAUUUGUUUAUUCCAAGAAUAUUAAAUAACAUGAAUGGCAAAAAUAUUAAAUUAAGAUACUUAAAUUUAGCCAACUGCCAUUUACAAAUCGAUUUAUUCAAAGAUAUUUUGCAAGGUCAAUAACUAUAUAAAGAUAAUUAUUCCUUUUAGCAUAUACUUAGUUUAAGUUUAAGCAAUAAUUAAUUAGGUGAUAACGUAGGAUAACAAUUAAAAUAGAUCAUUCAAAGCUCAACGAAAAUGAAGGAAUUAUAUUUACAGAAUAAUCUAUUUACAAGCAAUGGAAUGAUUUUAAUUUUUGAAGGAAUGUUUGCUAACCAAACCAUUAGAACUAUCAAUAUUAGCAGUAAUAAAUUGGAUGAUAUUUGGGUUCUCAAAUUAUAUGAAUAAAUCUAAAAUAAAGAAUUAAGUAACUUGGAGUUUAUUAUGCUCAGAGAUAACAAUUUCACAAGAAUAGGUUUAAAAAAAUUGGCUUAGAUAAUAUUUAAAAUAAGAAAUCUAUUCAUUGAUAAUAUAUGGUCAGAAUUGGAUGAUAGCGAUGCUGAUAUCAUUUUACAACAAUAUACUAGGAUAGGAUAAACUUAUAAAUUAGAAUAAUCUGCUAUUCCCUAAUUUUUAAAGGAAAUUUAAAUAUAAAGAUCCAAUUUGACUGAUAAGUUUUGUGAGGUUUUAGGAAAAUAUUAUCCAAUGUUAGGCUUUAUUGAAUUUAUUGAUAUUUCUGAUAACCCUUUCAUUACAAUGUAUGGCAAGGUUUAUUUAUUUUUUCAUUUAUUUGAUACAAGUUAUGAAAGACAUUAGUUAAAAGCAAUGUACAUAACAGAUUCUCAAGAAACAAGAAAAUUAUUUGAUGAUGGCUUGCUAAGAUAUCUAACUCUCAGAUUUCGAAAUUUUUUAUAUCCUCCUACUGAAAUCAAUGUUAUAAAGAAGCAAAACAGCAAAGCUGAGGUAUUUGGAGUUCCAAAUAAUUAACUUGACUCACAAAUGGGUGUCCAGUAGAUUAUAGGAGGAAUGUGCGGAUCUUGGUUAAUCCAUAAAAUCAAUAAGUUGAUGGCUUAUUUAGAUUAGAUAGAGCCUCCCUAGUUCAUAGUUAGUACACUCUUUAUUGGGAAAUUCCGAAGAAAUAAUAUUAAUAUCAAAAUAAUUGUAAUGUUUUUUUGGAUUACUUUCCUUGCUAUAAACUUGUUAUAAUUUUUAUAGAUUCUAAGUAGUCAAUAAAAACCAUUAGAUACUAUAUUGAUAGAUUAUAAUUAAGCAUGUCCUGAUGAUGUGAAACACCAGACAGAAGAGUGUAAGAAGUUUGGUUACUCAAACUUUAUUAGCGAUGUAUAUUAUUUCAUCAUUGUAUUUGCAUCAACUAUUGCGAUUGAAAUAUCAUAAAUUAUUGUUACUGUUACAUUAAGAAGGAAAAUUUAGCCUGCAUUUUAAAUAGUGCAUCCAUCAUUAUUAAAAUAUCUUCACUCUUAAUUUCCACAUCAAAAAGAACUAUUUUUGAUGUUAUUUUCAAUUCUCAGUAAAAUAGGAACCUUCCCUGAAAGAAUAUUUUUAUCAUAUUUAUUAGUGCUCACAGAUGAUGGUUUAGAUUAUGAGCCAGUUUAUUUUAAAUUGCAAGUUUAUAAAUUUAUUCUUGGGAUUAUAAUUCUAUUGAGAUAUGGGGAAACACUUUUAAUUUCGAUAAUUAACUUAAUCAAAUUCAUGAUGGCUACACCAAGAAAAGACUAGGCUUUCUACCUAUCCUUAUUAUAACGAAAUUUCCAUUACUAAAGCUACUAUGUGUUAAGUGAUAUAUUAGUUUCAUUAUGCCCAGUCUAAGGGUAUUAACUUACUAAAGCUAUCAAAAUUAAUUAUGAAAUAAUAGUCGAAACAUAUAGAAUUUUAACUAUAGAAUUGUUUUUAAUAAUUUUUAUUAGUUUCUUCUCAAGAGAGUUUAAUAAUAUCAAGUAAUAAAAAUUUGACAAUACUGAUCCAUAUUGGUUUUUAAGUGGAUGGAUAAUCCUGACUUUGAUUAAAGCUGUUGUAACAAUAAUUAGUUCAUUAUUCACUAUUUUGACUGUCAGACCAGCAGUUGUUAAGCAACAUGGUUUUAAUCAAGCCUUAGCCAUUAAGAAAUUUUAUGAAAACAAAAGUGAAUUUGUUAGACCUUCUAACAUUAAGAUUGAGUAUCAUUUACAAUGUUUUGUGGAAAGAGAAAAGGAGAAGCAAGCAGAAAAAAUAGGAACACAAUAUGUUCUCGAUAACAGUGCUAGUUUAUAAAAUAAUUCUUAGAACUUAGAGAAUGAAAUCAAAUUUGAAAUGCAAAAAAGCAAAAUGGAUGAAAUUUAAGAAGACGUAAAAUUAGAAGCUAUAGACGAAGAGGAUUCUCUAAAUGAUGACCCUAAUAAAGUUGAAAAAGAUUCAGGUAAUAAUAAUAACUAAUUAGAAGAGUUUUCAUAUUCUUAAAUAGAUUAUUAAGAGCCUCCACAUUAUCCUUUAAGACAAGAUAGGCCCAAGUUUAAAUAUGUAAUUUGAUUUUAUUAAUAAUAAUAUAAAUAUAUUAAUUUAUUACCAUGUCGACUCCUUAAGUAAAUUUCUAUUCAUAUAAAGAUGGAUCAUCUUAUGUCACUUCUUAAUGAUAGCAACAGAGACUGUAAGGCGUUAACAGAAUAUUUUUUGGAUUUUUAAAUUAUAAAAGACUUUUAAGAAACUCAAGGAGCUUCAUUUUUCAACCGUCUCAUUUAGAAUAUUGCUUAUAAAGUAUUUGCACCUCAAGAAUAUGUUAUCGAAGCUGGAAAAUCAGUAAAUUCAUUGUACAUCUUCUUUUCAGGAAUGAUUAUUCGCAAUAGUUCGAAAAAAGAUAAAAACCAAAUUGAAAUCAUUGAAAAAUAAAUAUUAGGAGAAGAAUUCUUUUUAUCACGAUAAUAAUCCAAAUACAAUUACAUAACACAUAAAGAAAGUUUAAUCUGUUAUAUUCACUAAGACGACUUUUAUAAAUUUGCCAAAAAGAGAAAACUGAAGAAAUCAUUGAUUAAUAAUAUCUUGUCAUUUUCACAAUUUCAAGAUAUGUCACCUAAGUACAUAAGAUAAAUUAAAUUUUAGUUUUAUUGAGUAAAUUAUUCAGCGCAGUAAUACUUUAAAUUAUCUUAACAAAUAAAUCGUUUUCGAUAUAGGAGAUGAACCAUAAUCUUGGUUUAUCAUUUUAGAGGGAGAUUUUUAAGUAUAUUACAAGUAUAAAGAAUAAUAUAAACCAUUACUAAUACUAUCGAGAGGAAAUUAUUUUGGAGAACUGGAGAUUGUUAAAAAAUAAAGGAGGGCUUAAAGAAUAUCUUGCAUUUCAACCCACUCAGAAAUAUUGGAAAUACCAAAGGUGUAAUUUUUUUUUCUGCUCUAAAAAAAUUAAUCAUUUAAUUCAAUGAUAAAUGAAAACAUCAAUAACAGAGUGUAAAAGUACUCUUCAAUGAUUAUUCAAAAUAAAUAAAAUCUCGAAUUCUAAUUUAGUUCAUCUCCUUCUAAACCAAAAUUUGCCUUUCAUUCUCCUCAUGUUCGAAUAAGAUCUAAGAAUUUAAUUGAUAAUGAAGAUAUUAAAGAGUUAUACUAAUAAAGAAAAAAAGAACUAACAAAUUUAUUGAACUAUAGAAUAUAAUUAAUAGAAAAUGAAAGCAGCCAAUCCGUAGCUGAAAAAUUAAAUCAAAGAAAUCCAAGAUUAAGAUAAUUUUUAGAUAGGUUAAAUUAGGGAAGAUUAAAAGCUAACAUAAAAUAAAAAGAAUAAAGUGUAUUUUAAUUAGAUUUGUAAAAGUCCCAUCGUAAAAUUAAAACAGAAAUUGCUCUCUCUUCCAGAGAUACUCUAGGAGCUGUUAAAAGUACACUAUAUUCGCCUACGACAUCUUCAAGAGCAUAAACCAAUUAUUACACUCAGAGUCCUAAGAUUUAUAACCUAUUCUUUAAGCUAUAAGCCAAUACAAAAAACAUUUGUAUUUUAAAUCCAGAGAAUUUAGAGACCGAAAUCUGA